UUGAGAAUGUCAUAUUUAGUAGCACUCUUAGCAUUCAAAAGCCGUUCUUAUUUCAAGAGCAUAGCAGAACAAAACAUGGCUCACAAAGGCGAUUACAAACUUCAGCUGCAAGAUCCCGAUGACUCGCACACUAGGCAAAAAAAAGCCACUUGUUUUCGGGUCUUUGUGUGUUUUGCUGUCUUGGGUCUUUCUAUCGGUGUUGCUGUGUUCAUAGCCGGAAUAGUAAUUCUUAACAAGAGCUCUACAUCUCAAUGUCCCAACAAGCUUGAGUCUCGCAGUUCUUGUGGGUUUUCUCCUGAAGCUCGACGUGUUGGUCUGCCAGAUGUCUUAAGGAAGAUCAAGGAGGCUUAUUACGAGUAUAAUCCAAAUUACGUGGCUUGGAAACCGGAUCUUUUUGGGAAGGAACUUAAUGAGUUUGUGAAGAAAAGCUACAGACCUUACGAUCCACACCCAACCAAGCUAAAGGCCAAGACAGACAAGUCACUCGGUUUGCUGGAGGAUGUAAAAAGCAUGAACCCAAAUAAGGAUCUGUUGACACCAAGAGAAAGCAAAGCCGUUGCCCAGGCAUCCCACUUUCUCCAACACAAUUUUGGCACACCAUAUGAUGAGAAUUACUACGCGGGUGACUGGAUGCUUGGUCCAAACUACUUUUGCUGGCAGCCCAUAUGCAAUCUCGCUUACGAGCUAAGAUCCUACGGCAUGCAUGCGAUGCCCAGGACAAUCAAUGAUGUGCAACAGGUGAUAGAUGCCAUUAUCAGCCAUAGAAACACGUUUGAACGUUACAGGGCGAAUAUGGAGCUUGGAGUGCGAACUGGUAUGGUUCGAUCUGUAGUAGACUGUAAAUCCAGUGUUUACGCCUUUAAGAAUAACUAUGGCAAUAUGGCCAUCAAAAACGAUUCUUCUGCUAUUUUCGAGGAAAGUUAUGCCAGGGUUUUUCUUGAAACAUCGUUUCUUUCUCGACUUGAAGAAGGCGUCGAACAGAGUUGGGUCGCCUCCAAGGGAUUGAGUGUGCAGGACUCUUUGAGGCGAGCUUUGGUUAGCGGUUUUGCGCAACCGCUGCUGGAGCUCGUACAUUACAUGGAGUUCCAGCAUGUACGACAUUGUCCGCCUGACAAGGUAUCUAGCGGUCUUAGCGAAUUGCCUCUCGAUUACGUGUAUGUUGAUGGUGUACCGGAUGUAAGUCAGGUGACAAACAAGACUCUGCCCACCGGGGAACGAGUUGAUGGUAAAAAGACUUACAAGACCAUCUUGUCGUUCUUCACCACAUCUGAUAUAACACCUGAACAGGUCUAUGAGGAAGGGGUGAAGCAGCUUGACAUCUUCAUGCCACAGGUAUAUCCAGUACGUGAUGGGACUCAUCUCGCCUAAACUUCCACCAUUGUUCUACUUCACUGGACCUAAAGCUACCGCUGCUAAUUGUCCUGUGGAGAUGGAACCUCACUACAACCCGUCUAAUGGUGCUAUGUAUUUCAAACCAAGCAAUGCUUUCUGCACUGUACCCAGCUAUUUUGGAAUGCCCUUCUUUCUUAAGCAGUACGGACCAAAGUUCCAGGAGUGGUCGGUAACGGGGCACGAGGCACGACCAGGACAUCAUACACAAAUGCAAGGACUUUUAGAAAACUACGAGGGCUCGUGUGACGAUGAUCCUGAAUGGCUAAACAAGCAAAACUACUACAUCGCAUUCCAGGAAGGCUGGGCUUUGUACGCCGAGAAUCCUCUGCUGUCACGUGACGUCAAUUUGUACCAAUCAAAUCUGCUGCAAAAAUAUGGGAUGUUGAAGUGGCAGUCAUAA